AUAAAUGCAGACUUGGUUCUUUAAAGAAAUUAAAACAUCUACAGAGCUUUUAGUUAGUUUAAAUAAAACUGAUCCAUCAAAGUGUUGAAAGCUUUUACAAGCAGGAGUGGUUUAGAAGGAGGCCUUUAUAAUGCAGUAAAAGCGCUGCCCUCUGCUGGUGAUAAAGCAGAAAAGCACUAAAUAAAAACGGCAAAUAUCCUCUGAUUGGAGAACAGGUCUGUGUGCGACUGCUUUAGUGCUUCAUCAGCCUCAUGAACUGAGUCGUGGUCAAAGCGCAGCUUAUGUUCUUCAUGUCUGCGUCUGUUCACUGACUUUAAUCAUCAUAUAGGAACAGGAGGUCACGCUGCUUUAGUUAUUAUUCAGCUUUCAUUGACUUAAUGUCCAUUGAUGGUACGUGUGUGUGUGUGUGUCCAGAACAUGUUGAUCCUGGUUUGGAGUGUUUUCGUGCAUCCAGUCUGUUUUUAAACAUCAAAGACAUUAGUUUUGUGUUGCCGUCAGCUAUAGAGUGGUUGCUUAGCGACUGCACCGCAACAUUCUAAAAGCCAUUGAAAACCCGUUACAUUGUAUCGGUGAGUUCUGCACGUGCUGCAAACCCACUCAGAAGAUCUUCAGGAGAUGUUGGAACACCGAUGAAACAUUUGUAGUAACUGAUGAUUAUGAAGUCAGAGUUUGUGACUCUGCAGCAGAUGAUGUUCAUGUUGAACAGGCUUUCUGUCUGGCCUCCGCUUGCAUCCCAGGACGACUCCUAAAGGAGCUUAUGCUGUAAUAUCCUGAUGAAAAGGGUUUGUUCUAAGCUUUCACUACAUGACUACAUCAUCACAACUGGGAUGUAGUUUUUUUCUGGUUCAUUUCGACCACUUUUCUGCUCAGAAUGGCUUUCCCUUGGAACGAGAUGGAGCUUCUCACUGCUGCACGUUUGACACUGUGAACUGGGAGCAUUUUUUAUCAGAAUCGUGGUCAUGAUCCCGACUAAGAUGUUGGUGUACAGGAGCCCUGACGGGGCCACGCGCACCGAGGCCCUCCCGAACACACGCAGACGCAAGAAGUCCUGCGGCGAGCUCUUUCACAACGGCUACCGUGUGAAGAUGCUCCACGCGCCGGUCUGUGAGAGACACGAGCGUGACGACUGUCACCACACGCUGUCCUCCUGUCUCCAUGCCGUCUCGUACUGGGGACUGAGGUUCUUAAGAGCCUUGAGGCUGAUCCAGUUUUCAGAAAUAUUACAGUUUUUAAACAUCUUAAAAACAAGCAACUCCAUAAAGUUGGUGAAUCUGUGCUCAAUCUUUAUAAGCACAUGGCUGACGGCUGCGGGCUUCAUACAUUUGGUGGAAAACUCAGGGGAUCCUUGGGAAAACUUCCAGAAUUCCCAACCGCUUUCCUACUGGGAGUGUGUGUACUUACUCAUGGUAACCAUGUCCACAGUGGGAUAUGGAGAUGUGUGUGCUAAAACAACCCUCGGACGCCUUUUCAUGGUCUUCUUCAUUCUCGGAGGAUUGGCCAUGUUUGCCAGCUACGUUCCUGAAAUCAUAGAGUUAAUAGGAAACCGCAAGAAAUAUGGUGGUUCCUAUAGCGCAGUGAAUGGGAGAAAGCAUAUAGUCGUCUGCGGUCACAUCACACUGGAGAGCGUCUCCAACUUCCUCAAAGACUUCCUACACAAGGACAGGGAUGAUGUCAAUGUAGAAAUCGUUUUUCUCCAUAAUAUUUCCCCUAAUCUUGAGCUGGAAGCCUUAUUCAAGAGACACUUCACACAGGUGGAGUUUUACCAGGGAUCUGUCCUCAACCCUCACGAUCUCGCUCGAGUUAAGAUUGAGUCGGCCGAUGCCUGUCUUAUCUUAGCCAAUAAAUACUGUGCAGAUCCUGACGCUGAAGAUGCAUCCAAUAUCAUGAGGGUGAUAUCCAUUAAAAACUAUCAUCCGAAGAUCCGAAUCAUCACACAGAUGCUGCAGUACCACAAUAAGGCUCAUCUUCUGAACAUCCCGAGCUGGAACUGGAAGGAAGGCGAUGACGCCAUCUGUCUCGCCGAGCUAAAGCUGGGCUUCAUCGCUCAGAGCUGUCUGGCACAGGGUCUGUCCACCAUGCUGGCCAACCUCUUCUCCAUGAGGUCCUACAUCAAGAUUGAAGAAGACACAUGGCAGAAGUAUUAUUUAGAGGGAGUAUCCAAUGAAAUGUACACGGAGUAUCUGUCCAGUGCUUUCGUGGGGCUGUCCUUCCCCGCUGUUUGUGAGCUCUGCUACGUGAAGCUGAAACUGCUGCUGAUCGCGAUUGAAUAUAAAUCAGACCAAAGAGAGAGCAGGGGUGGAAAAUGCACGCUAAUUAACCCAGGCAAUCAUGUGAAGAUGCAGGAAGGAACGCUGGGCUUCUUCAUCGCCAGUGAUGCCAAAGAGGUGAAGAGGGCACUUUUCUACUGUAAAGCUUGUCAUGAUGACAUUACAGACCCAAAACGGAUCAAAAAGUGUGGAUGCAAACGGACCAAGAAGUCUGCCUACAAGAGAAUGCGUCUGGCAUGUUGUGUAGCUUGCGGUGGGGCAGAACAUGGCUGCUCGUGCAUGUCAGACAGUGUGGCUAGUAACAUGGAGGUUCUGCAACGUGGCUUCCCCUUCUCUCCCGUGUCUCUGUAUGAUAACACGACCACUUUACGCUCGUCUAAAAGUAACUAUAAUGGAUACAUCAAAUCAAUAAAUGAUGAGAUCAAUCCAACAUUCCUGCCCCAGAAUCCCAAACCCAGCCUAAUGCGAGUUCAGUGUGCAGUGAGAGCGCCUCCUGCUGUCCCGGGUGUCCGUGUGUCAGUGCCUUUAGUAAAUAACCGUAAAGACAGUCUACUGUCUCCGGCUGCCUUAUACCUGCACAGACUGAGUCUGGCCAGCUCCAGAGAGCUGUAUCAGAGCAGCAGCGCUGAUGCCACCCGCCUGCAUCGAGCCUGUAGUCUGCCUGUUAGAUACAGAUAUCAUUCCAGCCACGGCUCCAGCUCCACCAUCGGCUCGCACACGCUCUUAGUGGAGGAGGAGCAGCAGUCGGCUCUGUCGCCCAAGAAAAAACAGCGUAACGGAGGGAUGAGAACGUCGCCCACAUGCUCGCCCAAAGUCAUCAGGCACGACCCGUUGUUGGUCCCAGGUCACGAUCAAAUGGAAACAAUGGAUGAGAACAUAAAGAGAUAUGAUUCGACAGGAAUGUUUCACUGGUGCCCAUCAAAAGACAUAGAGAAGGUCAUGCUGACUCGCAGCGAGGCGGCCAUGACGGUUCUGAGCGGUCACGUGGUGGUGUGUAUUUUUGGCGAUGUGAAGUCGGCUCUGAUUGGUCUGCGUAACCUGGUGAUGCCUCUGAGAGCCAGUAACUUCCACUAUCACGAGCUGAAGCCCAUCGUGUUCGUGGGCUCUCUGGAGUAUCUGAAGAGAGAGUGGGAGACGCUACACAACUUCCCCAAAAUCUCCAUCUUACCCGGGACUCCACUGAGUCGGGCCGAUCUGAGAGCCGUCAACAUCAACCUGUGUGACAUGUGCGUCAUCCUCUCGGCCAAUCAGAACAACAUCGACGACGCCUCUCUGCAGGAUAAGGAGUGUAUUCUGGCGUCCCUCAACAUCAAGUCCAUGCAGUUUGAUGACAGUAUUGGACUCCUGCAGGCCAACUCUCAAGGUUUCACUCCUCCAGGAAUGGAUCGCUCGUCUCCAGAGAACAGUCCCGUACACGGAUUGGUGCGGCAGAUGUCCAUAACCACCGGAGCUAACAUUCCCAUCAUCACAGAGCUCGCUAAAACAGACAAGGUGCUGCCCCUGGUUUCUCUGAGCCAGGACAAGAGCAGCGGGAACAACAUCCCGAUGAUAACGGAGCUGGUGAACGACUCAAACGUCCAGUUUCUGGACCAGGAUGAUGACGAUGACCCCGACACGGAGCUGUACCUCACGCAGCCGUUCGCCUGUGGGACAGCGUUCGCCGUCAGUGUGCUGGAUUCAUUAAUGAGUGCCACGUACUUCAAUGACAAUAUUCUGACCCUGAUCCGGACACUGGUGACCGGUGGAGCGACGCCGGAGCUGGAGGGUCUGCUGGCGGAGGAGAACGCACUGCGUGGAGGAUACAGCACACCGCAGACACUGGCCAACAGAGACCGAUGCCGCGUCGCACAGCUGGCGCUUUACGACGGACCCUUCGCUGAUCUCGGGGAUGGGGGAUGUUAUGGUGAUUUGUUCUGUAAAGCGUUGAAGACGUACAACAUGUUGUGUUUUGGGAUCUACCGAUUAAGAGACGCACAUCUGGGAGCACCCAGCCAGUGCAACAAACGAUACGUGAUCACGAAUCCUCCGUACGUCUUCGAGCUGGUGCCUACAGAUCUGAUCUUCUGCCUGAUGCAGUUCGACCACAACGCCGGCCAGACGCGCUCCAACCUGUCGUCUCACUCCACCUACUGCCCGAGCAAGAAGAGCCCGUCCACCCUCUCCAUCCCCUCAUCCGCCCGGCCGGGACGCAGCCGGAGCCGAGACCCGCGCGACAAACAGAAUGUGCCCAGGACGAAUAGAGCAGUUUCAGAUAAAAACUGGUACACAGAUGAACCCGAGAACUGCUUCCCAAGAAACACGCAAAGCAAACACACCAACACACACGCAGCCAAUCAGAUCAAUCAGUACAAAUCCACCAGCAGCAUCAUCCAGCCAAUCAGAGAAGUGGAGGAGGAGCCUUGAGAUGACAUCAUCCACACACAGACUGAAUCCUCACUGGAAAUCAAUCAGAGAUGGAGCUCAGUGGUUCUCAACUGGUUUUGCUGCUGAAGAUCAAAUGGUGAACCAACACUGUUUAUCAUAAAGAUGAAAUUCUGAUGGUUUCAUGAUUCUCGCAGCCAAUAAUUUGCACAAAACUUAUUUUUGCUGCCAUUUAACCCGUUUUGAAUGUCUUGGAUGUACACGAAAACAUUUCCACUUCAACCUGAAGACUUAAAAUCAGUUGCCUUAAUCUCAUCUAACCUCCAAAAUGAAAUUUAAGUGAAAUUAGAUCUAUGAGCCAUUGCAGGAUAAUAAAAAAAAUCUGAAAUUUAAAGUUUAUUCAAGUAAAAUGAAUUGACUUUGUUUGAAAACUUUUCAGAGUAAUAUUAAUGUUGUUUUAUUAGAAGUUUUUGAGCAAUCGUUAGUUACAAAGUCAAAAUAAUUUAAAUUACAUUUAUUUCAGUGACGUUAAUACUGGAAAUUCUCAGAUAAUAUAUUCUUAUAAAUUCUAUACAAUUAUAUAUUCAGAUGA